CCAGGGGGCGGGGUUUUGUUUUCUUCCCUUGACGGGUCGAUCCCUGUAGCGGUGACCACUCACUGAACCCCGCCCCGCCAUUCCAAAACCCAUCAGCGAGCGUGCACGGUCCAAUCGAGCACCCAGUCCUUUUUCCCAACAGUGGCGCACCGGUUUUCGCAGAAAUGCGACCAUCGGUUCUCUUCCGUGUCACUCGUUCGCGCUUCAUCCACUCAAUGGCUCCGGUUCUGCCUCCCGACAGGCGCCCCCUGGUAAUCUCGGGCCCCUCGGGCGCCGGCAAAGGCACCCUAUUCACCCUCCUGUUCCAGCGCCACCCCGACACCUUCACUUUCUCUGUCUCCCACACCACCCGAGGCCCCCGCGACGGCGAGCAGCAUGGCGUCAACUACCACUUUGUCACCAGGGACGCCUUCGAGGAUCUCAAGGCGAGGGACGGUUUCGUAGAGAGCGCGACGUUUGGAGGCAACAUGUAUGGCACAAGCAAGGCCACGAUCGAGGAACAGAGCGCCAAGGGCAAGGUGGUUGUGCUGGACAUUGAGAUGGAGGGCGUGAAGCAGAUCAAGGCGAUUGGCUUCCCGGCUCGCUUCGUCUUCAUUGCUCCGCCGUCCGAGGAGGAGCUGGAGCGGCGGCUGCGCGGCCGCGGGACAGACAGCGAGGCGUCGAUCCUCAAGAGGCUGGCCCAGGCCAAGGUGGAGCUCGAGUACUCCACGACCCCGGGCGUGCACGACAAGAUCAUCGUCAACGAGGACGUCGAGACUGCGUAUAGGGAGCUGGAAGAGUUUGUCUUUUCGCCAGCGGAACAGUCGUAAAGUUGGAUAUUCGGUGCAGCGUUCAGUUUACUUUAUAGAUAGACUCUCCAGCCGGCUCGUGUCUCAGGCCACGCGCAGAGACCCGACUAGCGAUUUGCAACGGCCUAAACUAUACGAUGGGCAUGAAUCUUACCUGAAUACUUCAGGGCUUGGGAGGCUUGACAAUUAACGUUACCGCAAGAUGCCAGCCCCAUGAGGCGCGUUAGUUGUCUUUCUCACUCCAGUCAUAGAAAUUCCGA